CAGACACAGCUCUUGCAUUAUAGAUCAUUCUCCUCAUAAAAACACCAGGAGACGCGUGUCAACUAAAUGUGCAUGGACAGAACAUCAUGUAUUCAUCGCCUCUUACCAGACCCUGAGCAUACAGACUACACCAGGACAUGAACUCUUCGGAGUGGCCCACACUUUCUCCAAACUCGUCUUUGAGUCAAGCAAACCUCAGCGAUGAGUCAAGCAGGCCCAAGACGAGUGCUUCAGCGGCCUGUGAGCAGGUACACAUUGCGCCUGAGGUCUUCCUCACGCUGGGCCUCAUCAGCCUGCUUGAAAACAUCCUGGUCAUCCUCGCCAUUGUAAAGAACAAGAACCUCCACUCACCAAUGUACUUCUUUGUAUGCAGCCUAGCAGUGGCCGACAUGUUAGUGAGCGUCUCUAAUGCUUGGGAGACAAUCGUCAUUCAUCUGCUGGCAAACAGGAGUUUGGUAAUCGAGGAUCAUUUCAUCCGUCAGAUGGAUAACGUCUUUGAUUCCCUCAUCUGCAUCUCAGUGGUGGGGUCCAUGUGGAGCCUGUUAGCAAUUGCGGUAGAUCGCUAUGUGACGAUCUUUUAUGCUCUGCGCUACCAUAAUAUAAUGACCGUACGGCGAGCUGGGAUUCUUAUAGGCAGCAUCUGGACCUUCUCCACCAGUUGUGGGAUCAUCUUUAUCAUCUACUCGGACACACAGCCUGUGGUUGUGUGCCUGGUGGCCAUGUUUUUUGCCAUGCUGCUUAUGAUGGCGUCACUCUACAGUCACAUGUUCCUUCUGGCCCGUUCGCAUGUCAAACGCAUGGCAGCAUUGCCAGGAUAUAACGCCAACAUCCGGCAGAGAGCUAGCAUGAAAGGUGCCGUCACCCUCACCAUACUGUUGGGCAUCUUCAUUGUGUGCUGGGCGCCUUUUUUUCUCCAUCUCAUCCUCAUGAUCUCCUGCCCGCGAAACAUUUAUUGCGUCUGUUUCAUGUCGCAUUUUAAUAUGUACCUGAUACUCAUCAUGUGCAACUCAGUGAUCGACCCAUUAAUCUACGCACUCAGGAGCCAAGAGAUGAGAAAGACCUUUAAAGAAAUCGUGUGCUGUGAAGGACUACGCAGCUUCUGCAACAUGGUCAGCAAAUAUUGAAGAGGGUGCCUGGAGGAACUCGACAGCUGAUGAAUGAAUGUGUGUAUAGAUAUAUGGAUCAGUGCAUAAUUAAAGUGGGGGAGAAGUGAACUGCAUGCUGUAUGUAAUAGGCUGGGUGGUUAAUUGAAAUGAAAUCGAAAAUUUGAUUGACCACAGCUAUGAUUGUCAUGCACAUGUUGUCAGGGAAGCAUGGUGUUAUCUCUAGUAAAUCUUCUCCAAAGGUAAGAGGGCGCUCUCACUGAAACUCUAAAUGCUGAUGAAGAAGUCCAGGAAAUCCUUAUAGAGUUGCUGAAUAAAUAGAGCAUUGAAUUGAUCUGCUUUCAUUGAUUCAGCAUAACUAAUAAUCACAGGACAAUGGAAUCCUCUUAGAGAAGAAUUUAUUUCAAACACUCAAAUUAGUUGACCUUUGAUGGAAGUUAGUUAAGAGCAAAAACAUGUAAUUAUCAGCCUGAUCUCACGAAGAAAUGUAACUAUUUUAUGUUUUGUCAGUUUAGUGGCUAAUUCGUAGAAUUCAUAUGAGUUCAGUCGCACGAAAAUUUACAAUUUUAAAAAUGAGGUGUGGCACCCAACCACGCCUCAACAGUCAUUGUGGCAUAAGCAAAUAAUACUAAGUUGUACGAAUGGUAUCCUACGAAUUCAUACGAAUUGGCCAUUAAAUCAAGAAGUUACGAAUUGUUGUGAAAUUAUAUUGGUUGUUAUUGUGGUACUUUCAUGUGCAGCAUUUGUGUAGUUCAAUGAGAAGCGACAAACACAGCUGCCAUUAUCUCAGAACUAUUGUCUCAGUGUCAUUAUCGUCUCAGACAUCCUAAGUGUCCCACAAACUAAUGAUAAUCUCCCGUAAAUCGUGCUACCUCGGCCCUCAAAUACUUUGCGCACCCACCAACAACCCACCCAAUCCCGCUUUUCAGAUAUGUCCAACACUACAUGUGUGAACCUACACUGUUGUGAUGUUUCCAUUAGGUUACGAUUAUCAUGCCAUCGUUUCGGUUCAAUUCGAUAUCUCAGUGCGUCACAGUGCAUUAAUGAUGCUUUCCAUACACCA